AUGAACCUAUGGCUUCUUGGUGGCAAUGGAGAGGUGCACGCGGUUCUUCUACUAAAAUGGAAGAAGGUUGGUUCGACGGAUAAGUUCACAGGAGAGGCAGAACUAUACAACCUGGGUGCCAAUGGACUACCUGUUCUCGCGCAAUCGAGGACGGUCUUUCCCGCUCCGCCAGUCCAAGGCCCUCGAAAUAUCUUGUUGCCCCGUGUUGCUAUAUUUGGCUCCUACGUUCCAGAUGCGAAUCCAAAAGAUAUGCUUAGUCUGAGCAUCGAUGACUUACGAACAGUAGCUAAACAAGCUCUGGAAUUUACGUGUCUUGUUCCAGCUUGA